AUGCCUCGAUCACGCGGAGGAGCAGGACCUGCCCGAUCAGCUCCGUCCAGACCAACAGCUCCGGCCGCACCCCCUCGCUCGGCCGCGCCACAGCAACAACAGCGUCCAUACUCUGGCACUGCCGCUGCUCCCGCUCAGCAGCAGGCUGCCCCGGCGCAGACGGCUUCACAAGGACCUGGUCUCUUCGGCCAGAUGGCCAGCACUGCGGCUGGUGUCGCAGUCGGCUCAUCGAUCGGCCAUGCCAUCGGCGGAUUCUUCGGUGGCGGUUCGUCCUCUGCACCGGUAGAGCAGCAGCAGUCACAAGCGCCUCUUGAUGCCUACUCCAAUACCGGCAACGCCAUGGGUGGCAACGCUCUGUACAGCCAGUCCGGCGCCAACGAGGCCUCGGGUCCCUGCGCCGCCGACAUCAAGAGCUUCACCGACUGCAUGAACCAGAACCAGGGUAACAUGACCAUUUGCGGCUGGUACAUGGAGCAGUUGAAGGCUUGUCAGCAGGCGGCGAGAAACUACUAG